AUGUGUUUCUCUUGUUUUCCAGUGAACCUGCAGAAGCCCAAUAUUUCUCUCAGUGGAUUGUUUGACUCUGGUCCUCAUCAGGGUUCAGUGAUCACCAGAGGUCACAGCUUCACUAUUACUUGUUCAUCUGAAUCGCAGUAUUCUGGAGGCUUCUUCUCUCUGUUCAGUGGAUCAAACAUCAUCAGUAGUGAACCAGCUGUCAAUCACUCAGCAGUCUUCAUCUUUCCUGAGGCAGAUUAUUCACAUGAGGGAAACUACAGUUGUGUUUAUAAAGUGAAUGUGUCCUCACGUACUUUCCAUUCAGAUGCAUCUGACCUGCUGAUCAUCACUAUCAGAGCCUCUCUGCUUCCUGUCAUUGGUGCUGUUGUGUCAGCUGUACUUCUCAUCUUCUCUGCUCUUGUUAUCGUCUUCAUAGUAAAGAGAAGACAAAAACAGAACAAUAAGGAGAUUCGUGAAAAGUGUUUCUUUAAGAAAGGUGAGGGUAAUACAUAUGAAGGUGCAUCCUGUGACUCCAAAAAUAAAGGGGAUAAUGAGGACGUCUAUCAAAAUGUGGAACUUGAUAAGAAAGACAAUGUGAGCAGCGAUGACUCUGAACAGGACUAUAUUAAUGUGGAUCCAGAUAAUUUAAAACAGGAUUGUAUGAAUGCAGACACAGAUGAUUCUGAAGAGGAUUAUGUUAAUGUUGAUAUUACAGAAAACAAAAGUAAAGUAAACAGUAAACGUGAUGAUGACCUCUAUGAAAGUUUUAUGGAUAAUGAGUGAACCUGAAAUACAGUCGAUUUUUCUUAGAGACAGCAAUAUGCAUCAAAGGGCUGAUUGAUACAAAUGAUGAUGAUGUAGUUUGGUGUAUCCUGUCAAACACAUGAACUGUGUCCCAUCUCUGAAAUUAUUGUAAAGCUGCCAACUCUCAAGCUGUCGCCGUGUGACAAACGGUUUUCACACACACUCACGCCACACAUCCAAUUACUCACACAAAAAAAUCUGGGGCCGGAUUCACGGAAACAUUCUUAAGACAAAAAAUAAGAAAGUUCUUAAUUUAAAUGAUAAGAAGUGCCUAAGAAUGUUCCUAAGUGCAAUUCUCAAACAUUUCUUAAGAGUCAAGUCAGGAUACCCUGCUAAUGAGGUAACAAUACACUUAUCCAUUUAUCUUUGACUACCUUGCGAUCAUUAACACGAUACAAACGAGUGAUCCAUUAAGACUACUACAGGAUGUUAUUUGCUGUUGUAACAGAGGCCAGCUAGUUUUAAGGCUGUGCGGUGCGUAAAUAUAAUUACAUAAUGUCUCAAUCGGUUCGUCAUGCGGGUCGAGCGCUCUGGGUGUGCGUGCUUCACUCUCCGUGCCCACGGCUUCGUCUCCCGCGCUCAAGGGUCAAGAGACGGACGCGGAGGGUGAAGCGUGCCCACGGCUUCGGAGCCCUCGACUCACAUUACGGAGCGAUUACCGGUUCGACUCCAGCUUAGAGCGACUUUUAGUUGUUAUGUAAUUUCACAAUGAAUGUAGGCUAUUACUGAAGAAGUUAAAUGUUUGCUAAUAUUAUCACUAAUACUUAUUUGUGUUUCAUGACAUAUUACUGAGUAAGCCAUUAAACUUCAUUAUAUGAGUGUGGAAUUCCUCUUUAAACUAAUCUAUGUGAAUUAAACUGAUUAAAUUGCCAUUUCAGACUACAAAAAACAACAUGUCACAUUUAAAACAAUCACAUUAACUUAUAAAUCAUCUUACAUUUUGAGAUUUAAGACUACUGUAAGGUUAUCAUAACUUUAAGAUGUUAUUUAAGACAGUUUAUUUUUCGAGAAUUGGAAUUCUUCUUAAAUGUUUUCUUAAGAACAUACUUAAGGAAAAAAAUAAGAACUUUCUUAAGAAGCUUUUUUGAGAAUAAAAAAUAUUCUUAACUUUUUUCUUAAGCUUGAAUUUAAGAUAAAAAUGGCAGUUUAGAAGAUUUUUCUUUUUAAGAAUGUUUUGUGAAUCCGGCCCCUGAUCUUGAGCCGAGACUCAUUAGUUCUUUUCAAACUCUCCGACUGUACUAGAUGCCACUGAUGGCGUCUGCACCCCGAGGUUAGAGAAAGAAGAAGAGAUACCCCGCGAAAGACAACGAGACAUAGAUAUAUACACUAGAUGUUGCCUUGGGGUUCUAAGCAUGCGUCAAAACCGCCACCAUCUUGAAACAGGGGUCUUGCCAUAGGAAGUAGCUAGGUAAAGCUACUAUCUCCGCCUGUACUUCGAAUUCAUGGACGAUGCCGGACUUUUGUGCUGCGUAUGGAUUAGGCCUAGCACUAUGCAGUAUAGUUAGAAAAAGUAGAUUUUCAUAAUAUCAAUUUUUUCUUUUUUUCUGGACUCAAUGCUUAAUAAAUGUCUGACUGUUGAAACGAACCAAAAGAAAACCAAGAAAAUCGCAUUCAUGACAAUUUAUGGUGAUUUUAUUUCUGUUACACCAUUGCCUACAAUGACGCUGUUUCAAGAUGGCGGCUCUAUUUAACACAUUCGGUCCAAUGAACUGCCGUAGCCAAGGACAUCUAGUGUAUAUAUCUAUGACAACAAAAGAAGUCUGAUGAGAAUCUGAGCUGAGACUAGGGGCCAGAUGUACUUACAACUUGUGCCAGCACAAACCUUCAUUUUGGUGUUAAAUAACGACUAUCAGGAUUUACUAAAGAUGAGCAGUGGAUAAAUUAGCGCUGAAAAGGAGUGGUCUAGUUAUUUUUGUGACUGACCUUAUUGCAUAGGCAUUUCUAGGAGUUUUUCUUUCAGACGUAAAAUUUAUGGAAGGAUAUUAUUUAAACGAUUUACGCAAUGUGAUUUACUAUUUGCUUGUGUGAUAUUAAUGGUAUUUGUGCCAUAAUUUAAUGCUGAAAACGCAUGUCAUUUGAGCUUGAAAUGUCUGCAAUUGUUGCUGAUAAGAGAGACAUCAGAGACCGCGUGGUACAAGGCAGAGGAUUUUUUUUAACAUGUAACAGUGGACAUUGAAAUGUCUGAGAAUUAUUCCAAAAUAUUGUUUGCCAAGCCAUGUUAUUUUUUCUUUUCUGGAGGAAAUAAAAGAGAAGUCACUAGGAGAAGUCACAUAAUAGCAGAGGUUUUAAAAUUUCUUUGGGGUGGACCUUCAGCUAUGUCUGCCUCACGGAAUGUAACCAAUACUGUCCACCUCCGGUAGGCUGCUCCAACCUCCCAACAAACCACCAAUGCAGGGUACAACAUCAAAUUAAUUUCAAUUCUCUGAUAUCUGAGGCACCAACUUGUGUGGCUGUGUGCGCGGCAUAAUGUUGAUCACUCCUGUCAAAAUCUCACACCAAGGUUUUUUUUAAGUUGGCAGGUAUAUUAUUGGGUCUCUUGAUGUCGCUAUCUUUGGUUACACUGUAAAAGAUUUGUUUCUUCUUUCUGUUUUUAUUGUUUUUAGAAUUAAACAAUAUUGCUAAUAAGAUAUAAGAUUUAAAAUUGUUUAAUUGUUACUGAAAUGAUACAUUAUGUUUUGCCA